AUGGGAGUGAAGAAUUGUUUUGCAGCAGGAUGAGAGAGUACACGUUUGCAUGCCAGGAGGCAGGUGCUAAGGUCAAACCAUGGAGGGGUGAGAAGUGCUCGCUUUCAUGCCCUGAAAACUCUCACUACAAUAUAUGUGUUGAUGCAUGCCCUGAGUCCUGUGGUAUUUUAUCCGAUAUCCCCUGCCCCUGGCCCUGUUAUGAAGGGUGUCAGUGCAACUCUGGAUACAUGCAGAGUGGAAAUGGUUGCACCAAAUCUGAGUCAAUGUGGUUGCUUCUACCGUGGCCACUACUAUGAGAUUGGGGCGAUAUCGUGGGCUGAGGGAUGCUCCGAGCGCUGUAGCUUGCACUGCCACCGCCACCAUGUGCUGUGAGCCAGCUUCUUGCCCCGAGGGAGAGAGCUGCACCCUUAACAACACCUGGGGCUGUUCAAGGGAAGAUAAUAAUAUUACAACUUGUGAGAAUGGAGAGACUUGUGUCCAGAGCCAGUCUCAGUGUUGGGUGCUGGGAGGCGCCCAUUACGACACUUUUGAUGGACAAGUGUUUGAGUUUCAAGGAAACUGCACUUACACUCUGAUCCAAAAAAAAACCAAUGAUGCCAGUGAGAACAAUGCAUUGUGGGUCGGCGUACAGAAAGACAGAACCUUCAACCAGGCUUCCUCUUUCAAAGCUAUUCAUGUGAAAGUGGCUAAAGACAAUAUCUACAGAGCAGAAGAAGGUUCUGUUUGGCCACCACGAGUCCUGCGGCACAGCCUGCCCUGCCACCUGCGAGGACCCAUCCAGGUCAACCCCCUGCCCCCCUGCCCUGUAUGGAAACCUGCCUGUGUGACCCGGGGUUCGUCCUGGAUGGCGACACCUGCGUGCCCUUGUCCCAGUGUGGCUGCAGUCACGACGGCAACCAUUACAGCAGCAACCAGACCUACUGGGCUGACGAGAGAUGCACCAUACACUGACCCCAACACCCACCAGAUUCGGUGCCACUCGGACUCCUGCGGCUCCGACGAAUGCUGCGGCCUCGAAGGUGGAGUCAGAAGCUGCGUGCACGACCUCAAACAGACGUGCGUGUACACCAGUCAACACGUAAUCACCUUCGAUCGAUGCGAUUAUGACUUCCGUGGCACCUGUCAGUAUCAGUUACUGGGCGUGUGCGGACAGAACCAAGGCCUGGAUGCCAUUUGGGUUCAGACAGAUGCUGAGUCGGCACUUCAUGUCCUGGUCAAUGUGAGCGGUGUAAUCGUGAAGCUAAACAGCGAAAACACUGAGAACAUAGAGGUCAACGGUGUCAAGAGGAACAUGCCCUGUCACUUCAGCCCUUCUGCACUGGCUUUCUCAUUGCACCUGCACACUUACAUUUACACAGACACUGGCUUUGAAUUUAGCCUCAGCACAGAUGGAAUCAUUGACCUCAACGGCACACAGCAGCACCUCAGUCCUGAGCUGUUUGGAAAGCUUUGGAGAAGUGGGCAGAAUCCUUUGGCGUGUGUGGAGGGCUGUCUGGGUGGAAGUUGUCCAGAGUGUUCAUCUGCAGAUCUGGCCCGCUUCUCUGACCCAGAGGCUUGCAGGAAGAUUCUAGAAGUUAAUGGACCAUUCAGACACUGUCAUGGCAAAGUGGACCCCUCCAGCUUUUACAAGCGCUGCGUCAGUGACCUGUGUCUCCACGGAGGUCUCCAGCCCGCGCUGUGUCAUUCCCUGGCAGAUUAUACUGCCGUCUGCUUUUCCCGCAAGGCUCCAGUUUAUGCCUGGAGGAGUCCUGGAUUCUGCUACCCGUCCUGUCCCUCCAGUACCAGCUACAACACGAGUUCCGCCUCUGUUGGCCUGUGCCUCGGCUGGCAGAACAACACUAGUCGAGUUGCCUCUAAGCACCGGGAGAGAACUGCCUCUGUGAAUCAGGUAAAUGGAGUCUAUGAGAACCUGCCAUUCUCCCAAAACAACAUCACUGUACACGAGAAAAAUAAUGGAUGGAUAAGCAUCAAGGUCCCACGGUCAACUGAGCCGAUGUCCGACCUACGAAAUCCCAUUCUGGUCAAGAUCUCAGACAUCUACCAUCAGACAACCUGCGGCCUCUGUGGGAACUACAACGAUGACCCCCUCAGAUGA